CCGGAAUUUUGAGAGGCCCGAAAAAGAAUAGUACUCCGUAUUAGAAUAGAACCCAGCUCAAAUUCAUGCGCCAAACUUCCGGACUCCAAUCAAUCAACCUGCGCCCAAAAUCUCGACUGCAUUCCCUGUAUUAGGUAACAGCAGCGGCCCAAGUCCAAAAUAGAGAAACCCAAAAUAGGUCACUCAGGCCUCGGCGUCGAAAACAAAGCGCAAGAGUUUAAGACCGCAGCCCUCAGCCCUGCGUCGAGGAAAUCUGCGCAGCACUGCAGCAGACCAGCGGUCGUCGACUCCAUCUCCACAGCCACACUUCAGGGUCUCUAUAUUUCCAGGACCGGCCCUGGCAAAGAUGGCGACAGCUACGCAGCAACUGCCAAGAGUGUUGUCAACGAAAGAAGCCGACAUUCAGAUGAUGUUGGCUGCUGAUGUUCAUCUCGGCACAAAAAAUUGUGACUUUCAGAUGGAGCGUUAUGUCUUCAAACGCCGAAAUGAUGGAAUUUUCAUCAUUAACAUCAUGAAGACAUGGGAAAAGCUUCAGCUUGCAGCACGUGUCAUUGUUGCUAUUGAGAACCCUAAGGACAUCAUUGUACAAUCUGCUAGAACAUAUGGUCAGAGGGCUGUCUUGAAGUUUGCUCAGUACACUGGAGCCCAAGCUAUUGCUGGACGUCACACUCCUGGAACUUUCACCAACCAGAUGCAAACCUCAUUCAGUGAACCCCGCCUUCUCAUCCUCACUGAUCCGAGAACUGAUCACCAGCCCAUCAAGGAAGCAGCCCUUGGGAACAUUCCCACUAUUGCUUUUUGUGACACUGAUUCACCCAUGCGCUAUGUUGAUAUUGGAAUCCCUGCGAACAAUAAGGGAAAACACAGCAUUGGUGUUCUGUUCUGGCUCUUGGCAAGGAUGGUGCAGCAGAUGCGUGGUGCUAUUGCUCCAGGCCACAAGUGGGAUAUCAUGGUGGAUCUCUUCUUCUACAGGGAGCCAGAGGAGUCUAAGGAACAAGAGGAGGAAGAAGUUGCUGCUAUCCAAGAUUAUCCAGAAUAUAGUAAUACUGCAAUUGGUGUUGACUGGAGUUCUAGCCAGAUCACAGAGGGCCAAUGGAAUCCAGACGCAGUUGCUGCUCCUGCUGGUGAUGGUUGGGCUGCGGAUGCUGCUCCUGCUCAAAUCGAUGGAGGAUGGGAUGCUGCCGCCCCACCGCCGGAGCCGGUACAAACUGUGGUUCCAGAUAUUGCACCAUCUGGGUGGGACUAAAAAUCUACCUCUGUUUCUUCAUAAAGAAUGCUAGAUUAUCUCCCGCUCGUUUCAUGAAUUUAUAUGAUCUAUUAUUUACGAUGUCGUAGUAGUUUUUAUUCAUGCAAAGAAUUUUGUGUUUGCUUUUCAGAUUAUCUCUUAAAUCCCGAUUUUUGUUUGGUCUUGUUU